CUUAGUGAUCUCGUAGGGUCAUUCCCAAUUUAUACCAAGUUUACCACAUUCUAAUCAACACAAUAAUAGCACAAGGUUCUCUCCUGGUGUUGACACAUCAGACUUUUAGAGUCUUGAGAGUCUUACAUGUCAUUAACUGAAAAAACUUGAAGAACCAAUCAACUUAUUUCGUUUCUACACGUCAUUUGUCUACUGUUACGUUUUUGUUUGUGUUAACCAUUUUCGAUGUUUUAGGUUAGGGUUCGCAAAAAGAGAAGUGAUAGAGAGUUGAAUCCAAGUCCUGAUCCGAGGUUCUUCUUCUUCUUCAUCUGUGUAUCACGAAGCUAUAGCCCUAGCCCAUAUUCUUCUUCGUCUUUCUCCCAGGGAGGUUUCCAUUAAGGUCUGGAACAAAUCUCAGAUGUGAUCUCUCGGCUUAUAUGGAUGGUGCUGAUUUGAUUAGGGCUUUGUUGGAAUUUAUCUAUGCUCAACGCUUCCGUAUUUGCUACCACCAGGUUAAUUUGGGUUCCAUGGUGUUAUGUCUUAAUAUGCUUUCAAACAACUUCUAUGUGGGCUUAUAUCAAUCAAUAUAUAGACUUUAGUUGAAAGUCUUUUGAUAUCUGUAAGAGUUUUAUCUAAAGCUCUGAUCUUUGUUUGAUAAACUGAUUAUGUUGUUUCUUCUUUGUCCUUCUCUCUUCCACGGUUUAGAGUUAACUAUAAGAACUUGAAUUUAUUUUAAAGAGUUUAGAGUUAUUAUGAGAGGAUGCACAGAAGAAAUAUCUGAAGGAGCAACAGAUUAAGAAACUAGAGGAGAAGAACAAUAGCCAGGAAGGUAAUGAUGCAACCAGUGAUGGGGGCGAAGAAGACGAUGACUUGAGGGUCGAUGAAGCUAAGGUUGAUGAGAGCAGGCAAAUGGACUUCGCAAAGGUUGAAAAACGUGUUCGUACAUCUUGUGGUUGUAGUACAGGAACUGUAAGAGAAGACACCGAGAAAUACAUGUUGAACCUUGAUAUCAAUUCAGCUCAUUAUGACCCUGAAACUCGAUCCAUGCGUGAAGAUCCACUUCCAGAUGCGGAUCCCAAUGAUAAAUUUUAUUUGGGAGAUAACCAAUACAGAAACAGUGGCCAGGCUUUAGAGUUCAAACAGAUUAACAUCCACUCAUGGGAAGCAUUUGACAAGGGACAGGACAUACAUAUGCAAGCUGCUCCAUCCCAAGCUGAGCUGCUCUACAAGAAUUUCAAGGUUGCAAAGCACAAUCUGAAAACUCAGACAAAAGAUCAUGGAGAAGUAUGGGAAUGCUUCUACAGAAGAUGAAAUUCCGAUGGAGCUUUUGCUUGGACAAAGCGAAAGACAAGUUGAGUAUGACCGAGCAGGUAGGAUUAUCAAGGGACAGGUACGGUUUAUGAUGGUUUACUUCACGAAUUUGCUUACUAUCAUGUGGUUUGUCUUCAUGAUGGUUUAUUUCCGUAACUAAAUUGUGACAAAGGGAAUGUGAUAGAAGCUGACCAUUUUGUGUCUGCUUGAGGCCAGUUAUUCAGUACUUGGAGGGACAUAUAUAUGCUGGUUUGUGUUAUUGCUUAGUUCCCAAGCUGGAAUUGAGCAGAAGACACUGAAGUUCUGUUAUGAAUGUCACUGCUCUCUCAUGUUAACCCAUGAUAUCACAAAAUCAGAUGAGUUCUUGCCUAUCCAGAGAGUAUGUGGCUUUGCAACUCUUGUUGGGACACGGGGUUUUUCAGUCAUAACUAAGCCUUAUGGUGAGAGAACGCCUCAUGUUCCAGAUCCUAUAUUGCAGAUGAGCUGUCAUGAUGAGUCUCUGGCUAUAAAACCAAGUACCACUGUCUAAUAUCUAUGCUGCAGCUGCUUGUGACUACUUAUUGAUGUUCUGGUGUAUUAAGAGAGAUCUAAUGACAAAUGUAUCCACCAAUUUAAAUGUAUAUGAGGCUUUAAAUUGAUAGCAAAA